UACAAAGAUGGCGGACAAGGACAGUUCGAGUAAGGAGAAUCCUUUCUCUUUUAAAACGUUUGUAAAAUCAAAACAAGAAACUGAGACCACAACAAGUAAGAUAAAAAAAGACAAGCAUAAAUCAAAAAGUUCUCCCGCAAGUGUACGAAAGAGGGACAGCUCCACAGAUGAACCGCCUUUUCCGGAAGUCAGCAGACAAGGUGAGCUUACAGGAAAUGACUUGCAUUGUUAAAUAUAUCAAAUUUAGAGUACUCUCUUACUUGCCGAUGUCAUAUUAUAUGAAGUAUUUACACUAUACUAGUAUUUGUGGCAACUUUCCGUAGAAAUCAAGAGAAAGGUUUUAUGCUCUGAAUAGUUAGGAGACUGCUUUUGUUUUCAUGAGUACGUAUGAAUCAGUCACUUGGUUGAUAUCAAAAACGUAGUUUCGAAUACGCCUAACAUUUGGAAUGUCUGACGACUCCAAUGAGCUAAAAUUGAGUCCAUUGACUACAAAUUUACCGAGAAUAAAGUUGAAGCGUACAACAACAACAAUCUUUAUUUCGACCAACUAUUUUUAACAAACGUACGUUGUAAAGUUAAGGAUACGGUAGACUUUCGCGGGUGUCCUUCGCUAAAAAAUUGUGACCACGCUAUUAAAAGUGUAAUCACUAUAAACCAUAUAUGAAUGGAAAGGUUAUGAAAUACACUAUCCAACAAAAGUUGUUUCGUUUCAACGUGAUCCAAUGGUAAACCGACUGAAACGCGACAAUCCGAAACGGACAAUGGUUCUCUAAGCGAAUUAAUUGAGUAUCAAAUCAACUGCACAAACAGAAUUUCUGCCAAUUUCAAUCAUAAGAGGUUAGUCUUGAAAACCAUGUGGAGCUUUUUUGAUGUUCCUAUUGGUUGCUUUGCAAUCUUUUUGUCAAGUAAAGUCAUCAAAAUUUUACUGAUAUGUGUUACAUCGGAGACCAUUGUAGGAGAUCAAAUUUAAAUAGGGAAAAGCCCCACACGGUCUUCAGAUUGGUGUCUCUGGAGCCUUCGGACCAAAUUUCAAGUCAAUCUGUAAAGGUUUUAUACCCUAUUAAAUCAUCCAAAGAAGACACACUAAUGUAAAUAUAAAGUGUGUUUUUUCACCUCCAAAGUUUUGUCAACACUCCACACUUUUGGUUUACCACAUGUCAAGUUAUCAUUCUGAAAAACUUGAAAUGCUAACCACCAAUAACAAUAUAGAAACAGAGUCCCAGGAGACUCUCAACAAAAUAUGAUUUGCAGGAAACUAUUAUGCUGUUGUGCAUGACAGAGCUUUGUUCAGAAGAAAUUCAAAGCAAUGGAAAGUUUGUUGGUGCCGUCAAGUUCAACUCUUACUGACCCUAAGUAGGCAGAACUUGUUGAUGGUUGCUUGAGGGCAAGCAGCAAAGAUAGCGCAUUCCAUGAGCCCUUGUCUGUGUUGGCAAGAUUUUUUCCCCAUUCUUCAUCAAAAUCCUUCAAUCUCUGGCUCUUAUGGCUAGGUUUCUUUUGAGCUUUAACCCAAGGACUCUUUCCCUUUUUAUCUCUACCUAUUUUUGAAAUACAAACAUUCAAGAUGUUUAUGUGAUUACUACCUCAUAUAUUCUGCAACGAAAAACAUCACAGAAGUCAUUUGUGUUGACACAUCUUGAUUGGCUUUUUAAACUUUGGUGGCUUAAAGAAUUCAGUUCAGAAAAAUGUUUCUGUAAAUAACUCAAGUAUGUUUCAAUAUUUUACAAAAAUGUUUGGUAGAAACUGUUAGUAAAAAUAGUUUUACUUUUUUUGAGUUAAAAAAAUAUGGCUUGCAAAGGUCUACCAUAUCCUUAAAUAUAAAUGUAAAUUAUAUACAUAAGGGUGAGGUAGUAUGAUUAAAUUUGAUUGUACAUGUUUGCUUUAACAUGACAGACAAUCUAAUUUUCUUAGUGAAAGAUUUUCUUCUUGACUCAUUUUUGGAGCCAGACACUCUCUUGCUGACUACCUUUGAUUGUUCUUUUGAUCCACAAGAGAGGUUUCCCAUAAGUUAUUUUCCAGCUGCCAGUACUCUAUGACUACUUCUAUUAUCCUUGAUUUAAUCUGGUUUUUCCUGUGAAUGAUGCAGUAAUUCGAAGUCUUUUUAUGACUCUCAUGAUGAUACAAUUAUAGCACUAACGUGCAAAACUGCUUUAAAGAUAAGUGACCCAAAACAACUCCCUGGCACUGCCAUGUAUAGUUUUAUGCCAUAAAGCCACAUGGGUUAAUCUUUUUAAAAUCCUACUGUUGACUUUUAAAUCUUUAAAUUAUUUAAGUCUUAGCCAUAUUAGUGAUUUGUUGCAGACUUACAAGCCAUCUAGGAGUUUACAAUCAUCAACCAUGAACUUGUUAGUGACACCUAAAUCAAGGUUAAAAUUUUAUGGUGAUCGUGUUUUUUGGAUCUACACUCCUAAACUGCAUAUAAAAUAUAGUUUAAAUCUUACAUCUUUUUAAGAGCAACCUUAAAACUUAUCUUAUUUAAGCACUAUUUUAAUUUGUAGUUUUGCUUUAAGUAUUUUUUGAAUUUAUUAUUUUCCAAGUUGCUGCUUGAAACAUCUUAUUGUAAAGCGCUGUAGAGCUCUUGAAUAGGGUGCUAUAGAAAUUUUUGUAUUAUUAUUAUUAAUCUUAAUAUAGAAUAAGAUUUAUUCUAUUGUACCCCUGGCAGUCAAUGAAGAAGGUGAUGAUGGUAAUGACCAAGGUGUAGUCAAUCCCUUUUCAUUCAAGAAUUUCCUCUCAGAUGACCUGGCAUCAAGAAAUAAGCGUGUGUUGCAGGUAAUAUUUAAAUUAUGUUUGGCCAACCAAUAGCCUAUGACAGUAGCAGGUCUUGCAUAUCAAGAUGACUAUAAUUUACCUAAUCCUAUCACUUUUGAUACAAGCACUUGGUGUUUUGUGGUGUUUCAUUGCUUUUCAUAUAGAAAGUGGUUUAAAGCUACUGGUGUAUUUUUUCUCAUAUGUAAUUUUGGUUUAUUAAUGUAUUUCUUGUCACUCUUAAAUCACUUCUUUGUAACUCAAACCUUCAUGAGAUUUCCUACUUUUCACAAGUAACAGGAAACUGUUUUUGGGAUAAGUUUUUGAUCAUAAAAUUUCUAAGUCUCCUUUUACAGCGUGUAGUGAGUACGGAGAUGGUGAAGAAUCUUGAAGUUUUUUGUGUCAUUUUUAUGUUGUUUUUAUAGAUAGUUGAUGAUGAAGUAUGUGAAGUGAACACAGAUCAGGAUAAUGGAAAAAGAAAUGUAGGAACCGAUCAUGUUAUACUCUUUGGUUGGUCUUGGUUUAAAAUAUAAUAAUAUAUUUUCCAUUAUUUUUGUAGAUCAUUGACUUGAUUAUUUUUUAAAUUAAUUAAAGGUGAUGAUUUUAGAAAAAUAACAAACGCACUUUCAAUAUUCAAAGUUCUUUUAUUUGUGUUUGAAAUAUGUAGGGAACCAAAAGUCAAGAAUUAAACAUGGAAACUGCUGCCCAAAGUGACAGUGGCUCAGAGACAGAGGAUGAGAGUGAGUUAACAAGUAGCCUUGAGUCACAAAUGAGUGGGAGUAUCAACUACUUUGUAGCUUCUCUAGACAGCUCUGAGACUCAGGAAAAGAUCAUUGAAGAAAUGAAUCAGGUUAGACAAGACUAACUUCAGGAGAGUAUUUAACACUUUUUGUCCAAAGUUUCUCAUCCUAUGUAAAAUAUAAGACAAACUUUUAGUAUGAGUUCAAAUAACACUUGUUUUAACCACAUGCAAUAUUACUUUGAAUUUAAUUAACAUCUGCCCUCUGACUUUCAAGACUUUAAUUAUGAUUUUAUUAUUAAUCAUAACUAAUACAAUUUCCUCAAAUUAAUGUGAUUGGUGCAUGAUCUGCUUUAUUUUUCUCUAACCAUUCUGUAAAGUUGUAAUCAGACAGAGUAAUCAAACAGUUGGCUGUAAUCCUACACUUGUAAUUAGACAGUUGAAGCAGCCAAUCAUACUCAGUCCUUUCAGCCAAAUCCACCAGUCACAGAAUUGAUCACAAUAACCAUAAUAGCGACAACCACUUAUCCUAAAAAAAACUGAUGAAAUUUCCAAAAUUGAGGAAUUUUUUACUUUUGACAUUGUCUCUACCAGAGAUAUUUGUCGUAAAUGUAUUUGUUGUUUUCAAAAAUUGUAACAGUUUUUAUUAAUUGGAGAUUAAUGUCCAAGUCUGUUGGUAAUCCUACUUUUGAUUGACAAAUUGGACUCCAGUUUUGUGGUUGUCCAAUUUUCUUAAUCACUUGACUGCAUGAUUACAGACUGAAUUGGACUCCACUUGGCCCUGUUACCAUAAUGAUUAGUACCGUAAUUUCCGGUCGAUUACCCGCGGGUAAUCUGUUGAUUUUGCAUUAAAUCCGCGCCACUGCGGGUAAUAGGGAGGUGCGGGUUAUGUGACAAUUUUAAAUUCUUCUGGAAGUUGAAUUGAAAAAAAUUCUCACCUACCUGCGUUUCCACCUCUCAAAUGAAUUUUAUUGUAUCAAAAGUGCCACAAAGCGGCACGAAAACAUGAUGCCAACUCGAGUUUAUUUCACGCAUAAUUAGUUGCGUGACAAACAAAUUUUUAUCGGCACGCGUGAAAACAAAACCUUGAUGGUGACAAAAAUAAUCCAAGGAUAUCCGGCGCAUCAGUAACAAAUUUCCAGUUUUCACUAGCUUGAGCUAAAGAGAAUUUUCCCGUUUUAAGGGACUUGUUAGGCCCAGUAGAACAGGAGAUAUCGAUUUUUUUGAGAAAUUGCCGACAGUAAUUUUAAAUCCCAAAUGCAUCACCAGAAUGUUGAAAAUAAUAGGUGCGAAACUUAACUAAUUUCGCGCUGAAAAAGUAUUUUAACGACAAAUGAACAAUGGAUAUUGCUCAUUACGCUCCUACAUGCUAUAAAAAGGUAACUGACUGAAUAAGAAUUAUAAACCUCGAUCAUUCGCGAUAAGUGUAUCCACGAGUCACCAAUUAAGUUAAAAUGCCUGCUGUGAAACGCCCACGUCACAGUUUUACGUUUGAUUAUAAGCUUAGAGUAAUAACUCUUGCCGAUGAAAUCGGUAAUAGAGCAGCAGCAAUAAUCAAUCAAUAAAGUAUAAGCUAAUAUUGACACAGAAUUGUGCACAUGUCUGAAUCGAAAGACUGAAAUGUAUCGCCUUAAUGUCACGUUUUCGCCACCGAAAAAGUUGAAUAACAACGUGCGGGUUAUCCACCGGUGCGGGUAAUCCGUUGACUUUUUUUUUCGCCGUAUGCAAUAAUCGGCCGGUGCGGGUAAUCGGCCGUGCGGGUAAUCGACCGGAAAUUACGGUAAUCAGCCACAGAAGUUCCUAUGCAUUCCAUUUGGCCAUUCAUUUAAUUUGGGUAUUCUGCAGAAAAAAAGCCCUCCUCUGUUUAUUUUCCAUGGUAGAAAUCAUGUAACUGAGAGGAAAAACCUACUGAAUUCUACCAUUACUCCCGGAGGGCAGUAAACACUUUCAGAGUAUAACCGUUGAUCCAAAAUUUUCCAUGUUAUCUCCACAGUUGAAAGAGGAAAAUGAGAAACUGAGAAGAGAGUUACAGGAAUCCAACCAAACUGUGGAUAAAGAAAAGAAGAGGUGACAUGAAUCAGCUAAAAAAUAUGUAUUGGUAGUCAUGUAAAAAGGCACUGGGAGGGUAAAGUUUCUUGCCCAAAAAUUAAUAACAAUUUGGAAUAACACAUUUGCGUUGUAUGUUUUCUCUACCAGAAUUAUAAGUUUGCAAAAGAAACUUGCAAAGAUUGAGAAAAGAGAGGCAGAUGAAACUGCAGCUUUAGAAAAUAUGGUGCAAAUGGUGGAGAAAAAUUUAGAAUUGACUACGGUGAGAGGAAUGCAAGACUUUUUAAUAGAGGCAUUAGCUUGUAGGUCAGACAACUCUGUUGGAUUUUAUUUUGAUUGCAUUACUUCACAUGCUUCACAGUUGGCAUGGUAUUUCAUUGAAAUUCUCAUAGUGAUUCAGAUUGUGUCAGAAUGAAAAGUUUUUAUAGGGGAAUGUAGGCUUUGAAAUAGGUUUUACUUGUUAAUAAGACUUUAUAAGAUGAUAUCAUUUUAAAAAAUUGACAACGACAAUAUUUUCUGGAAUUUGGUAGACCUACAAAGGGGAGGCUAGUACACCAUAUUUUGAUAGCAGUGAUAUAGAAAUUUGAAACAUGUCUUUUACAGCUUUUUAAUUUAUUGGUUAGGCUUCUGAUGCAUUUGGUGCAAAUCUGUUAUCUUACUUACCUACUAUUCUGAAGAUAACGAAAAGUUAAUAUUGAUAAUUAUAUAAAUUAAAGCCUAAAAUAUGUCAACCCACAAGAUAUAAAAAAAUUAUUGCCAAUAAAUAUUAUAACACUAUCAAAAGGGUUUCCUUUUAUUACUGACUAAGAAUAUCACGCUGAUCUUUUAAGAAUAUUAAAUAAGGUAAUCCUCAUAAACUUGUUUGAGUCGAAAAUUCAUUGUAUAUCCAUCUAUAUUUGUUGUUAUUUUACAGCAAAGAGCUCUCAGAGCUGAAGCUACAGUUGCAAAAUUGAUGGAAGAAGUAAAUAUAUUAAAGGUUUGGAAGAAGAUUCUUAAUUUUGUUGCUACUUAUUAGCUAAUAAUAUACCUGAAAAAAUUUCUUGAUUUUGAUUAGCUAAGAGAAAUGCAGCUUCAAGUAUCACUGUGUGGAAAAUAGUAAUUCUGUGUAGAAAAAGAACACAAACUGUUAACAAGGUAUUUUAAAACUGUUGAUUGUUGUUUGAUUUGUUUCAAACAAACACACAAUGAUAUUUCCAAGGUUUUAACGAACUUUUACAUAUUAUUUAUCAAUACAUAUUGCAUAUUUUUCAUGCAUAUAGUAUUUCCUUGAAUGUUAUAUAAGCACCCAUGCUCUAAUGAGAGUAAACACUUACUGUCUAGACCAUAAUGGCAAACAAGCACCAGGCCCUGGGAAUAAGUGCCCCCCCCCCCCUCUCUUCUGCCACUUUGUUAAAUAGUAGGGAAAAAGGAAAAUCUGUUUUCUAUCUUUAUUUAAAACUAUUUAAGCCUCAACUACAGAAAAACUUUGAAAAACUUACAUGAGCUUGUUUGUUCCAAAUUGUACUUGAAAUUAAGGAAUUUGCCUUUCCAAUUAUUGACGAGGAAUCAUUUUUUUAUGUCAUUUUUAACAUUUGUGAUCUUCCAUGAGCUAACUUGUAUCGUAGUUACCUAAAACAGCAAGUUAAUUAACUUGGAUAUAUAAAAUAAUUUCAGUGCAGAAUGUUCUUAACAAUAAGUCAGAUGGGACCAAUGUUUUGGUCUUUGGUCAGACAUGGAACAAAAUCUACGAAGGUUAGAUUAUCUCUGAUUUACCUCUACAUAUAGUUUACAAUAAUUUUUCUGCUAUUUUUCACCAGACAGAGUCUGUUCCCAUAACAACAUAUAACCAGCUGUUAGAUGCCAAUCAUUAUACAAUGACAGCUGUCAAAGAUAAAUCAAAAGCUGCUGCUGAUCAGAUGAACAUAGCAGCAAAAAAUGCAGAGCAAGCAGUAAGGUGUGUGCAUGGUUAUUUCUUGUAAUCAAGCUUGCCUAAUUGCAGUGUCAAAUUUGAUUUCAAGGCACUUUGUCUUUGGACAGAUCUUAGUGAUUUGUCUUAUUGUCACAAAUUUUUAUUGACAGCAACUUUUUCAGUGACAACUGAUUACUUUUGUGAGUCAAUGAUAAUAAUUUUCCCUGUCAAAUUGUUUAUGUUGGCAUUCAUCUAGUUAUAUUCAGUUUUGUAAUGUGAUUUGCAAGAAUUUGAAUACUUCAAGUUGAACACAUUCUGUUUACAUUGGGUUGUUCAUUUUAGAUAAUCAAGAUGUGCUUAUAUUUAAAAAAGAAUUAUCAUUGUUGAAAAAUGCAUCCUGACAUGGAAUUUUACUAAAUAAUUUAUUGUUCUGUUACAUUUUUGAUAAAAAUAACAGCAAUAUUUAACUCUGUUAGCAUAUUUUAAAACCAUAAAUGUUGUGCUAAGGACAUGAAGAACAGUCCCUCUGUGUCUUGUAUCUCUCACGGACGUCUGAGCCCUUGUAGGGUAGAGCAUUGUGUAACUUAUAUUUCAGUGAAUCAUUUAUCACUGUUCAUUUGUUUGCUCUUAGGCAACUGCUUACUGGAGUGGACACGCUGAAGUUCAUAUCACAACAGCUCGAGUCUAUUGAUAGAAUAACAGAUGUUCAUGUGCAUUCAGAGAAGAUUUAACCCUGUACACUCUAACAUUAGUAUCCAUAUUUUCCAUAAUCUUUUCUCUACUUUUCCUUUGGUACUGACAGGGAAAAUUUGUGUUAAAAUCAAAGUUUCUUAGCUUGGCGAUCAUUUUCUUUAUAAUCAUGAUUAUAAGAAAAAACAAUCAAGAAGCUGCUUACCUCCUGUGUUAACACUCUACUUUUUUGUAUUUUCCUAAGAAAAUUGAUGGUAUUUAAAUGUGUUGACUUUUUUGGAAACAAAAAAAAAGAUAUGUACAGUUGUAAAUUAAUGAAUUAAGUUGAUAAGUUGAUUAGAGUUUGUGUUCUAUCAUUCCUUGGCUGAUAAACAUGUAAAGUACUCCUAGGAGAUACUGAUACUGAAAUGAGAUAAAGAUUUACACUAGUGAAAUCUAAUUUAUAUUUAACCACUUUAACCCAAGCAUGCACAGCUGUUAGAUUCUCACAGUGAUGACCAGUGGUACUUUGAUCCAUAGCAUCCACAGGAAUUUCAAGUUGUCAUAGUAACAGUUCAAAGCAUCAGGGGGAGUGUUAGCUUUGUACAAGUUAAGCAUUCCAAGGAUCCUAUAUCCUACUUCAAUGGGUGAUUACAUGCUGACACCAAUGGCAACAUUUGUUAAUAAAAAUAUGAAAUUUCACUGUAAUGCUUGCUUUUUGUACAAAAAGGCGUGGCAAUUGUCAAACAUAAUUGCAAUCAAAUUUCACUUUAGGGGUCAGUUACUACCACAGGUUGCGAGUUAAGCCUCUGUAGAUAGCUUAUUAUUUUCAAAGCCACGUCAGAUUUUAGGUCAAGGAUGUGACCUUUCAUUCCUGCGCAAAACCUUAUAAUUUCACCUAUUUUACAACGUACACAUGUCAACAUGUUUGCAGAGGGUUAUCAAUGUUACUGGCACAUAUUACAAGCUUGCAUGUACUAGAAGAAAGAAACUUGAUGCUGUAAUACACCAAAAAGUCAAGUCUGUUUUAUAAUUAAGCAAUUAGCCAGACCCUUUUUGAGACUCUGUCAAAAAUUAACUUUGGCAAGGUCAUAAGAGUGUCAACUUUACAAAGGUUUCACUGUAUCUAUUGAGUUACUUUUCAUUCUCAUUUAGCCCAUAUGUGAAGUAGUCAGUGUAAAAUGCAGACUGCAGUCUACAGACUGUGGACUGCAGAUCAGGGAUAAAAUGCAGACUUGGUUCUUUAGUUGAAAUUUAUGAAUAUUUCUGAUUUCUCUAAAUGAUUAAACUUAAAAGGAACUUGAGACUUCUACUUGCUCUUAAUUUGUUAAGGAAGACUCCGACAUUUUUCCAGUGAAUAAAAACACAUCACAG